UUUAAGAAUAGAAAUGUAAAAUCGAAAUAUAAAAAUACCAUGAUGGCUCAUUAUGAUCAGUCGCUUCAGAUUGGGACUGAAUGUGUAGCAAAGUACGAUUUUAAUGGUCACGGGCAAAAGGAUUUAUCAUUUAAGAAAGGAGAUAUUUUGGAGAUUUCUCAUCCAACAAAAGACCCAAAUUGGUAUGGAGCAAAGAUGUUGUCAAAUGGAAGAUCAGGUAUAAUACCAAUCAGUUAUGUGCAACCAAGGCGAGGGUUACACUUACAUGAAAUGCCUUGGUUUUUUGGCAAAAUAACAAGGGAAAAAGCUGAAAGUUUACUGCAGCCUCGCGAAAUCGGACUGUUUCUCGUCCGUGAGAGCACAAAUUAUCCAGGAGACUACACCUUAUGUGUUGUAAGUCCACAAGACCAAAAAGUGGAACACUACCGUGUUAUAUCUCGUCGUAAUAAAGUGACUGUUGACGAAGAAAGAUAUUUUGGAACGUUAGUUGAGCUUGUGAAAUACUAUGAGAAAUUAUCUGAUGGAUUGUGUACGAAUUUGAAACUACCGUUAAACAAACAAAAACAUAUGUCCAUUUCAUCGCAAGUGUUUCAAGACUCAUUUCAAAAAGAGGGCUGGGCUGUUCCUAUUGAUGAUGUUGAAUUUAAUGAAAAAAUUGGCAUGGGAGAGUUCGGAGAGGUGUUCAGAGGAUCUUAUCAAGGACGAGCAGUUGCUAUUAAAAAGUUAAAAGAUGACACGAUCGCUGCACAGUCGUUUUUAGCAGAAGCUUCUGUCAUGACCACCCUGCAUCACAAAAACUUAGUCGACUUGGUUGGUAUCAGUUUCCAAGGACAAGAAAUAAUUAUUUUAACAGAGUUCUGUACUAAGGGAGCAUUGGUAGAUUAUCUUCGAUCCAGGGGGAGAGCAGUCAUCACUCGACAGGAGCAACUUAGUUUCGCAAGAGACGUGUGCGAAGGAAUGCGUUAUUUGGAAGAAAAAAAAGUAAUUCACAGAGAUCUAGCAGCAAGAAAUGUGUUGUUGUCGGAAGAACUUUGUGCUAAGGUCUCUGAUUUCGGUUUGGCUAAAGACAUCGACCAACAGAUGGAGCUAGGAAAAUUCCCUGUGAAAUGGACUGCUCCAGAAGCCAUUCGAUCGAACAAAUUUUCAAUCAAAUCAGAUGUCUGGAGUUUCGGUAUACUUUUAUGGGAAAUAUUUUCGUUUGGUCGUAAUCCUUACCCUCGUGUGCCUCUUAACGAAGUAUUGAAUAAAGUCACGAACGGUUAUCGCAUGGAGAGCCCAGACAAAUGCCCUCCCAGUUUUUACAGUCUGAUGAAGGCGUGUUGGGACAUCAACCCCAACAACAGACCAUCUUUUUCUCGCAUACAACUCGAACUGAGCAGGGAAACGAAUUUAUAGAUGAUACUAGCCUCCGACUUUUCAUACUAGUGUUGUGGUCUAAGUUGAUUAGGAUAUUUAUGCAAGUAAUUUCACUCUAAUAAAUUCGACACCAGGCAUAAUAAUUGUAAAUGCAAAAUCAGCGUUAAUUCUUCUCUGUGAACGCUUUUUGAUGGACCAGAUAAAGCAACUCAAUUGGCUCGCAAAAUGUUCCGGCCUGUAUAAUACGUUUAGUUCUCUCGGAUUAAUAAGGAAUGAUUAUGAUUAUUUCUAAAACAGUCGCUUACGUUGUAAAAUAAUUAAAGCCUUAUAACGAUCUUUCUAUUUUUCACAAACAACUUUGCUCGCAAGGCCAAUAUUUUGUUACAUAUAUACUUUUAAUAACUUUAAUUUAAUAUUUAGCCCUUCUUAAUGCAUUUGUAGUAACGUGUUAAACGUGUCCAUAGCUAUUUCGUUUAGUUUUUAUGUUAUGUUUUUUUGCUCAGAUGCAUGAAGCGCGAAAAUAUUACCAUUGUAUAGGCUUGUGCUUAGAGUUUUUUUAUAAAAAUAUUUUUUUAGAAACUGUUCCGCUAAUAAAACUCAAGUUUUCUUUUUCUAAAGAACUUUUUAUUAUUAAAUAAAUAUAAUAACCAUGUGUUCGUGUGA